AUGGAAGAACCAUCAACAGCAUCUAGACUUCAAAGGAUCCACUUGGAGAGAAAAUUGAGUCCUACAUCAUGCAAAAUAAUCAAUGACCUUAGAUUGCAGGGUAAACUCUGUGAUGCAGUUAUCAAGAUCAAUGGAGUAGAAAUGAAAGUUCACAAGAAUAUCCUAUGUAGCUGCAGUUCAUAUUUUAGGGCUUUGUUUACUGGUGCCUGGCACAAUUCAGAGGAGGAAGUAUACAACAUUUCUGGUAUUUCUGCAGACAUGAUGCAGUUGAUCGUAGAGUAUGCUUAUACAAGGACAGUACCCAUCACUGUUGACAAUGUGGAGGAACUUCUCAUUGCAGCUGAUUGGUUCCAUGUGCUGGACAUUGUGACUGCUUGCUGUGACUUUCUUGAGUCUUCUCUCUGCUUAGAAAACUGCAUUGGAAUCAGGAAGUUUGCAGAAUGUUACUACUGCCCUGAGCUGGAACACAAGGCUAGCCGUUUCAUUCUUCACAACUUCAGAGAAAUGGUAAACGUAUCUGCAGAGCUUCUGCAACUCUCAGCUUUGGAAUUUGGAGGAAUAAUUGAGCAAGAUGAAUUAAAUGUGAAACAGGAGGAUGUGGUAUUUGAAGCCAUCCUGAAAUGGAUUUCUCAUGAUCCGUAUGACAGAAAGAAAUUUCUUCCAAUUUUGCUUCCCAAGGUGAGGCUAUCACAGAUGAAUGUCCAGUAUUUUAUGAACAAUGUUGCAAAUAAUGAAUAUGUAAAAGACAAUGAGGAAUGUAAGCCUAUUAUCAUAGCUACCCUCAUAGACAUGUAUGACCUCAACAGCAGACCUUCCUGUCAUUAUUUCAAAAACUUACAAACUAGACCUCGACUUCCAUAUGUCAUCCUCUUUGCUACUGGUGGAUGGAGUGGAGUUAACCCAACAAAUGUCAUUGAAACUUAUGAUGGUUAUGCUGACAUGUGGAAGGAUGUCACAUGGCAAGGAGAGCAUCCUCGUGCAUACCAUGGUUUGGUGUACCUAAAGGGAUACAUGUAUUUUAUUGGUGGAUUUGAUGGACAUAAUUACUUCAACAGUGUCAGAUGUCUGGACCCUGUCAAAAAAAUAUGGCAGGAAGUAGCACCUAUGUAUUCAAGACGUUGCUAUGUUAGCGUGACUGUACUGGAUGGCUUUAUUUAUGCCAUCGGGGGUUAUGAUGGCCACUUACGCCUGAAUACAGCAGAGCGGUAUGAACCUGAGAUCAACCAAUGGACUUUGAUUUCUCCCUUGCAUGAAAGGAGAAGUGAUGCAGGUGCCACAACUCUACAUGGAAAGGUGUACGUAUGUGGUGGCUUCAAUGGACACGAUUGUUUAUUUUCAGCUGAAACAUAUGAUCCAGAAACCAACCAAUGGACCCUGAUUGCCCCAAUGGCAAGUAGACGAUCUGGGUUAGGUGUAAUUACAUAUGGAAAUUCUGUUUUUGCGGUGGGAGGCUUUGAUGGAGAAAUUCGACUUAGCAGUGGAGAGGCCUACAGUCCCUUUACUAACUCUUGGCAUACCAUCUCCAACAUGCUGACCCCUCGUAGCAACUUUGGAAUUGCAGUAGUGGAUGAUUUGCUGUUUGUUUUCGGUGGCUAUACUGGCAGAUCAACCACUUCCAGUGCUGAAUGCUAUAAUGAGACCAACAAAUGGCGUGAAGUCCAAAGCAUGGGUAUUUCCCGCAGUGCUUUAAGCUGUUGUGCCAUCCCAGGCUUGCCAAAUGUUAGAGACUAUGUUGUGGCAAGGGACAUGUAUUACAAGUUUUCAGUUUGA